GUUGACAGCUGUUCAGUGCAGAUUGUGAGGAGAGGAGGUUCACAGCUGAGCUCAGUGUGUGUGUGACUGCAGCCUGAUUAACACACACCUUCCUCCUGCUUACAAACACACACACACACACAUACACACACACACACUCCUGAGCACACACUCUUCUGAAGAACUUUUUAAGAACUUUUCCUCCAUAAAUCCUCCAUCAUGGAUCUGGACCCGACCGUUAUCAUCCCCGCCAUCCUCUUCACUGUCGUUGCCAUCUAUUUCGCCACUUCGCUCCUGAGCAAGAAGCCCGACGCCUCAUCCACAGCCGGGAAAAAGAAGCCUAAAGUCGGCUACGGAGACGACAUCCCUCCGUCCAGAGCUCUGGGACAAAGUCUCCCUCCAGCGCCCAAAGCAGAGCCUCCUGCUCCGGCUGUGGAGACCAUCAGAGCUGCUGAGAAGAUCAUAGAGACACCUGUGAAGGCUGCCCCAGAACCAGAACCAGAACCAGUGAAAGCACCAGAACCUGUCCCCGAACCAGUGAAAGUACCAGAACCAGUCCCAGAACCAGUUAUAGUACCAGAGCCUGUACCAGAACCAGAGCCUGUACCAGAACCAGUUGUAGUCCCAGAAGUAGCUGCAGCACCAGAGCCUGAACCAGAACCAGAACUGGUACCAGAGCCAGUAUCAGAACCCGAACCUGUCCCAGAACCUGAAGUUAUUGCAGAGCCAGAGCCUGAACCAGAGCCCGUGGUCGAGGCUGAACCUGAACCCGAACCCGAGCUGAUCCCAGAGUCCACAGAAGACUACCUCCUUGAACCUGAGACUGUUGAGGCAUCCUUUGAGCCUGAACCAGAACUGGAACCAGAGACCGUCCUGAACAACGAUGUGGCUGCAGCUGAAGAUAAGGUGAAGUUCACUCCGGGGAAGAAGCAGAGCAAGUUUGAGACGCUGAUGACCAAGGAGGAGAUCGAGGAGGAGCAGAGGAUAGAGCUUACAUCUGAUUUUACUUCUCUAUAAUCAACCUGAGCAGACACACAGGGUGUUAGGAAGGACAUGAGCGGCUGAGUGAUCUUCAUCAGACACCGAACUUCUCUUUACAUCGUCUUUUUUUCUUCCAGCUGAUCUUUGACGACGAGCGCCGGAUAGAGAACCGGCUGCGUCUCCUCUCUGCGCUUUGAAGGAAGAUAAACUCCUUCAUUUCAUGUCAGAGCUGCUUGUGAAUAGCAAACGUCUUUACACCAAAGUGCCUUCAAGAAUUUGUGUUUUUACCCGUCUGGAGUUUUGUGUUGAGAGUUUUAAAGAAGGAGGAGUUUCAGAGUGUGAAGUUAUAAUUCUAGAGCCAGAGAAAAUAGUGUGACCUUGUUAAAAACUAUUAAACUGUGAUCUAAAUGGAAGUGAAGUUUAGCCUGACUUUAGUCCGUCAGUUAAAACCUUAACUUUAAACUAUCGGCUCUCGGCUGAGCCGCUUUAAUUUAAAGUCCGAAGCAUCAGAAGUUCUCGUCUUCAGGGCUUCAGGUCUUGGUUGUUCAUUUGAGGUUUUCAGUUCUUCUGUGUUUGCUUUAAAUGUUGACGAAUAAUGCAAUAAAUGUGUGAAACAAUG